AGCCAGAAGCGAGCUCUAUAUCAACCUCAAUUCUCGCACACCAAAGACUUAAACUGCAAUUUUCUUCUUUGCUACAUAUUUGUAAGCGCACCAAUUUCCCCGCAAUUUCUUGUGGGCAGAGUUUGCGAAGUCUCAGAUCCUGUAUCCUUCUUGCCGAUGGGUUACGAAGACGAUCCGUACCGCGACGAGGAUGGAGAGCCGUUGAUGGACUUCGAUGACGUACAGUCGGAUAGGGAGCUGUCUCCGGAGCCUCAACGGGAUCUAUUGGAUGACGUUGACAUCGAGGACGAAUGGCAGCGCGGUGGGGGGAGGAGAGAGCGUUCGGAGACGCCGGUCUACGACGCGGAUCCCUCGUCAUUGAACGCGAAGCCCCGGAAGCGGCUGAUUAAGAAGAGCGACACCACCACGGCGAAGGAGAUCGUGGUUCCUAGCCUGGUCGAUGAGGACGAGGACGUUGAGGAUUUUGAGAGGAAUCGGAAGAGGAGAAAGGAGGGUGGUGGGAGUAGUGGGAAGAAGGAGAGGAGACAUAAGGAGGAGAAGAGAGGGUUUUCUUCGGGGAAGGGUGAGUCCAAUAAGUUCUCCAAGAGAGGGUUUUCUUCCGGGAAGGAUCGCGAUGGUGAGGUCAAGGAGAUGUGGGACACCAUUGCCGGUGGCGACUCCGAGGAUGAUCAAGAAGGUUUCAGGACUGUGGAUGAUGAUAAUUUCAUAGAUGACACUGGUGUAGAUCCUGCUGAGGGUUAUGGAAGUGGCCAUGAGCCGCGUUCUCCUGGUGAUGCUCCUCAGGCUGAGGAGGGCGAAGAUGAUGAAAUUAAUGAGCUCUUCAAGAUGGGGAAGAAAAGAAAGAAGAAUGACAGAAGCCCGGCUGACAUAGCAUUGCUUGUUGAGAAUGUCAUGGCCGAGCUUGAGGUUACAGCAGAAGAGGAUGCAGACCUUAAUAGACAGGGGAAGCCUGCUGUUAAUAAACUCAAAAAACUACCUCUUCUGACUGAGGUCCUUUCAAAGAAGCAGCUUCAACAAGAAUUCUUAGAUCACGGGGUGCUAAAUCUAUUGAAGAAUUGGCUUGAACCUCUUCCCGAUGGAAGCUUGCCAAACAUAAAUAUCCGCGCUGCAAUUUUGAAGAUUUUGACUGAUUUUCCCAUCGAUUUAGAGCAGUAUGAUAGAAGAGAACAACUGAAGAAGAGUGGUCUUGGAAAGGUCAUUAUGUUUCUAUCAAAAUCUGAAGAGGAAACCACAUCCAAUAGAAAACUUGCAAAGGAUUUGGUCGAUAAAUGGAGUCGACCAAUAUUUAAUAAGAGUACAAGAUUUGAGGAGAUGAGAAAUGUCGAUGAUGAGAGAGUUCCCUACCGAAGGCCACCUUUGAAGAAGCCGGCUAAUAAAGCUGCUGGAAUUGAAUCUAGAGAUGGUGAUCUUGACUUGGAUGAAUUCUCAAGGGAACGCAAGUCUGGCCAAUCUUCUUCCAGACUGCAUGCUUCAAGACCGGAAGCAACACCAUUAGAUUUUGUUGUGCGACCACAAUCUAAGAUUGAUCCAGAUGAAGUCAGAGCACGUGCAAAACAAAUUGUACAAGAUCAGCGUCGUUUGAAGAUGAAUAAGAAGUUGCAGCAGUUGAAGGCUCCAAAAAAGAAGCAGCUCCAAGCCACUAAGCUUAGUGUGGAGGGUCGUGGCAUGCUCAAAUAUCUGUAGACUGUAAUGUUGCAACUCACUUAAUUGUUAGACAAGAAUGGUGCAUUGUGUGGCCAAUAUCAUCAUAUACUGCUGGCUCAUGCUGCUGAAAUAUCAAUGUGAAAGGAAGUUUUAGUAGCAAGAGCUUCUUGAAAUGCUGAAGGUCGCACUGUUUUCUUCAUGGAUUUGAAUCCCAAUGGGAUAUAGUCGCUUUUCCCCUACCUUUCCUUAUGGCAUGAGGUGCAGUCUGGCAUACUGGUGCUGAGUGGGUCUUCAAUAAUGGUUUAAGGAAGUGACAUGACUUCCUUUCUGAGCCAAGCUGUAAUAUUUAGCUUCAACAUGUAUGCAAAAAUAUUUAUACACAUGAAAUAUUCAUCAUCAAGGAUCAGAAAUGUUAUCAUUUUUCAAGAAGAUUGGUGAUUGAUGCGCCAUUUGGCUUCAAAUGAAUGGGAUAUUUUCUUGUGAA